AUGUCCACCUUCUUAUCUGGCGUAAUAAACCCGGACCCUGGACCUACAGACAUUAAUAAUGUGUUUUCAUUAAAUCCUCUUAACCUAUUACCAAGUACUGAUAUUAGUGAAGUAUUCUUCACAAAUCAAAAGCUGUAUCAACAACAAAUCAAAGGUUACUGGGAGUUGAUUAGUCUUAAACAGUACCUGGAUCACAAAUUAAUUCCACGGGGACUUAGACCCGAAAUAUCAUUGCCAGAAAAAGCCAUUACAGACGAACAAAUCAAAGAAUGGAAUAGCAUCCUUCUAGAUUGUUCGGCUAAACUUAUUCAGUUCCUGGUCAAAUUAGAAACCAAUAAUUUAGAUACGGUGAACAAGAAUCUUGAAAAGGAACUGGCAAAUGUAAAAAAUUUCAAAGAUAGAUCAGAAUUCUCCCUUCAAGGGAAGUUACCGAAAAACCUAGAAGGCUUUAAGAAACAUGUUAGGGAAAAGAAACAUGAGAAGUAUUUAAGAGACCAUAGAGACUUUCAGGAAGGCAAUAUUUUUCGAAUAAAAAGAUCUAGAAAGUAUUACAAUAGUAGGAACAGUUCCAGUUCCACAGAUUGGUCCGAUUCAGACUCUAGUUCCUCUAGAAGAGAUCAAAAGAAAACUUAUUCACAACCACCUAAAAACAGAGGUAUCCUUAAGACUCGGAACGUCACCUUUCCAAACACCCCAAUUCUUGAAACGGCAACAGUUAGCCAGACCUUAAAUACGGAGGGACAACUUCCUUUUUUAGAGGAGGACUGGCCCCUUCCACAGAGAGACAAACUACGAGACAGACGCAAAUGGGGUUACAAACGGGACAAAAGACCAAAUCAGUACUAA